ACCCUCGCCUUCGCCCUCGCCCUCGCUCCAAGAAACCAUGAAUAGAGGCUUCCAUCUCCAAUGCCCAUUCCCGGGGCUAAAGCUCCAAUUACUUGCCGUAUGCCCUUCGGUCCGCUUUCCGUGGCAUUGCUAAGUUGCUUGCACACCUGCUCUUCAGCCUCUGCCGGCUGUUGUACCUACCUUUUAACAAGCUGAAUCUUGGCGUCUACCGGUGGUGUGGAUCAGUCAAGCAAGUUCUGUAGCCGGUAGCUGCUCGGAUGGCCGCUUCGUCGACGACCGAUGUCGAGUCGAGACACGACGAUGAGGUUACAACCGGUUACGAAGCGCAUCACAAACCGUCCAAGGCCAAGACACCUCACAAUCCGUCCGACCUCGAGAAGGAGACACUAGCUGCGUCUGAAGGUCGUGAUACGGAUAAACCGUCGAACGAAGGUUACGGGCGCGAGGCGCGUGGGGAAGUGAAGCGUAAACAUUCGGCGUCGAAUCGCAAAGCUUCGGUCCGUACCAACAGAAGCAGGGAGAACAGGAGCAUCGAUGCUACAAAUAAAGAUCUUGAGAAGGGCGAGAGAGGUGAGAGAGGUGAGAGAGGUGAGAGAGGUGAGAGAGGUGAGAGAGGUGAGAGAGGUGAGAGAGGUGAGAGGGGUGAGAGAGGUGAGAGGGGUGAGAGGGGUGAGAGAGGUGAGAGAGGUGAGAGAGGUGAGAGAGGUGAGAGAGGUGAGAGAGGUGAGAGAGGUGAGAGGGGAGGCAAGCGGAAGUCAUCAGCUACAGCCCAAGAUCCCAAUAUCAUAUGGUGGUCUGGUCCCGAUGAUCCGCUAAAUCCGCAGAAUUUCGGAAAGUGGUCGAAGAUCUUCAACAUCACUCUUAUAUCCGCGAUAUGUUUCGUCACGCCUCUCGCCUCGUCCAUGUUUGCUCCUGGCGUACCGGAACUGAUGGUGGAAUUCGGCAGCAAGAGUAUCCUCUUGGCCAGUUUUGUUGUGUCCGUUUACGUUCUUGGAUUCGCAGUUGGGCCUCUAUUCUUCGCACCACUGAGUGAGGUAUAUGGACGAUUACCGAUUUACCAUGCCUGCAAUUUACUUUUCCUGGUGUUUAAUAUUGCUUGCGCGGUUGCAACAAACCUGCCAAUGCUCAUUGGGUUUCGGUUCAUGGCUGGUGUAUUUGGAAGUGCCCCCUUGACGAAUGGUGGGGGAACGAUUGCAGAUCUGGUCACUGCUGAGAAGAGAGGGAGAGCCAUGUCGGGAUUUGUGAUGGGGCCAAUUAUUGGUCCUAUAAUUGGUCCUGUGGCAGGAGGAUACCUAAGCCAAGCCAAAGGCUGGCGGUGGGUUUUCUGGGUACUCAGCAUGCUCAGUGGAGUCUUUGGAGUCCUGAGUUUGAUAUUUCUUCGAGAGACAUACCCUCCAAUCAUCAUACGAAAGAAGACCAAUCGACUUCGAAAAUCUACUGGCAACAAGGAAUUGCGCUCCAGGCUGGAUGUCGGACUAUCGCCCAAGGACUACUUCGUUCACUCCAUUAUACGGCCCACAAAGAUGCUCGUUUUCUCUCCCGUGGUACUCAUCACUGCUAUUUACGUCGGUGUAGUAUAUGGGUAUCUAUACUUACUCUUCACAACAUUUACCCCAGUUUUCGAGGAGGUCUAUGGAUUUUCUACUGGCUCCGUUGGUCUCACAUUCAUGGGGUUGGGCAUUGGCUCUGUGAUCGGAGUCGCCUUCUUUGCUUGGUCAACAGAUCGCAUGUUCAAAAGACGCAAAGCUGCUCAGGAAGCGGCUGCUGCUUCUGGCGAUGAAAACAAUGUUGCACAAAACACCGCUCCGGAGCCGGAGAUUCGUCUACAGAUGGUUAUUCCGACCUAUGCGCUCAUACCUGUCGGUCUUUUCAUUUACGGUUGGACUACACAUUAUCAUGUCCAUUGGAUGGUCCCCAUUCUAGCUACUGUUCUCAUCGGUAUUGGAAACAUGGCAGUUUUUAUGGGAAUCUCGCUUUACCUCAUCGAUGCAUUUAGCAUAUAUGCCGCCUCAGCUCUGGCGGCCAAUACGGUCAUUCGAAGCAUUAUGGGAGCUGUAUUACCCUUAGCUGGACAAGCGAUGUACAACAGGUUAGGACUCGGCUGGGGAAACAGUUUACUUGCUUUUGUGGCUCUUGCAUUGAUACCUGUCGCUUGGGCAUUGAUGAAGUAUGGAGCGUGGUUGCGCAAAAAGUUUGAGAUAAAAAAUUUAUGA